AUGGAUGAAGAAUUAAGAUAUAUUCAUAGUAAAAAAGAUUUUAUUGAAUUAAAUAUCGAAUGGAGUAAUGGAAUUAUUGUUUGUCCAUUAAAGAAAGUAGAGUUUAGUCCAGGUCAUCAAUUUGUAGCUCUCAAAUGUGGAUGUGUUAUUUCUAAAUUAGCUCUUGAUGAAAUCAAAUCAAUUAAUGGAAAUAAAUGCCCAUUGUGUGAAACAGAAGGAUUGGAAUUUAUUCCAUUAAAUCUUCCACUAGAAGAGAUGGAGAAACAAAUGGAACUUCAUUGUAAACUCUUUGAUCAAAAACAAAAUAAAACAAAGUUUAUUCAAAAAGAAGAAAAUAAAAUUGCUCUAGUAACUCAACCAAUUGCAAACACAAUUGCUGAUCAAGCAAAAGUUAAUGUAAAUAAACAAGAUGAUGAUGAGAUAUAUAAGUCUUUAUUUAAAUCAUCACAAAAUUAA